AUGGGUGACCGUGCCACCAAGGUGGGCAAUGCCCUCGCCAAGGGCCUGGGGAUCAAGGUCCCUUACAGAGAUCCGCUGGGUGCCUCAACGGACCCCGUCACCCGCGGCGAGUCGACCUUUUCCGUCGGCACCGUCGAUACCUAUUCCUACAGCGAGCCCGAACCCACCAGCGUCGAGUGGAUUCGUGAGAUUACGCCCUCCGGCAAGCAGCUGCUCAACUAUCUGAUUGGCCUCUUCCCCUUCCUCAACUGGAUUGGCCGCUACAACAUGCAGUGGCUGUAUGGUGACCUCGUUGCAGGUAUCACCGUGGGAGCGGUGGUCGUGCCGCAGGGUAUGGCCUACGCCAAGCUGGCUGAGCUGCCUGUGCAGUUCGGUUUGUACUCGUCCUUUAUGGGUGUUCUGCUCUACUGGUUCUUUGCUACUUCUAAAGAUAUCACCAUCGGUCCCGUGGCCGUCAUGUCGACUCUGACCGGCCAGAUUGUGCUCGACGUCCAGGAUAAGUAUCCGGAUAUCCCCGGCCAUGAGGUGGCCUCCACUUUGGCCGUGAUCCUGGGUGGCAUCGUGUGCUUCAUGGGUCUGAUCAAAUUUGGUUUCAUCGUGGAUUUCAUCCCGCUCCCGGCCAUCUCGGCCUUUAUGACAGGCUCGGCCCUCAACAUCUGCGCUGGCCAGGUGUCUACGAUGCUGGGCGAGACGGCCAAGUUCUCGACCCGCGGUGCUACGUACCUGACGAUCAUCAAUACGCUCAAACAUCUCCCCAGUUCGUCCCUCGAUGCGGCAAUGGGUGUCACGGCCUUGGCCAUGUUGUACAUAAUCCGUUCCGGCUGCACCUACGGCGCGAAGAAGCAGCCGCACCGCGCGAAGAUCUGGUUCUUUGCCUCGACCCUGCGUACCGUCUUUGUCAUCCUGUUCUACACCAUGAUUAGUGCUGCGGUGAACCUGCACCGUAAGGAUCACCCGGCCUUCAAGGUGCUGGGUCAUGUGCCUCGCGGUUUCCAGAAUGCCGCCGUGCCGAAAAUGGACCGCAAGGUCAUCAGCGCCUUUGCGGGCCAGAUCCCCGCGGCCGUGAUCGUGCUCCUGAUCGAGCACAUUGCCAUUUCCAAGUCCUUCGGUCGUGUCAACAACUACACCAUCGACCCUUCGCAGGAGUUUGUGGCCAUUGGCAUUAGUAACUUGCUGGGUCCUUUUCUGGGUGCCUACCCUGCCACCGGUUCUUUCUCCCGCACUGCGAUCAAGUCUAAGGCUGGUGUGCGCACUCCCCUGGCGGGUGUUAUCACCGCCGUUGUGGUGCUGCUCGCUAUCUACGCAUUGCCUGCCCUCUUCUUCUACAUCCCCAGUGCCUCCCUCGCGGGUGUGAUUAUCCACGCCGUGGGUGACUUGAUCACUCCUCCCAACACGGUGUACCAGUUCUGGCGAGUCGCCCCUCUGGAUGCCAUCAUUUUCUUCAUCGGCGUUUUCGUGACGGUCUUCACAUCUAUUGAGAACGGCAUCUACUGCACCAUCUGUGUGUCCGUGGCUGUUCUGCUCUUCCGCGUGGCCAAGGCCCGUGGCCAUUUCCUCGGCCAGGUCAAGGUCCACUCCGUGGUCGGCGACCAUCUGGUGGAUGAUGAUGGCAAGUAUGGCUCCUUCGGUACCACCCGCACUUCCUCCGAGGAUGAGGACCAUGCCCACCGGUCCAUCUUCCUGCCCAUCAACCACAAUGACGGCUCCAACCCCGAUGUGGAUAUUGAGCAGCCUCACCCGGGUAUCUUCAUUUACCGCUUCUCCGAGGGCUUCAACUAUCCCAACGCCAACCACUACACCGACUACCUGGUGCAAACCAUCUUCCAGAACACCCGUCGCACAAACCCGAAUGCCUUCCGCAACAACGGUGACCGCCCGUGGAACGAACCCGGCCCCGCACGUGGCAAAGCAGCCGAGGAGAACGCGCGCCCGCUCCUGCAAGCUGUCAUCCUGGACUUCUCCUCUGUCAACAAUGUGGACGUCACCUCGAUCCAGAACCUGAUCGACGUUCGCAACCAGCUGGAUCGAUACGCCUCGCCGCGGUCAGUGCAAUGGCACUUUGCGCACAUUAACAACCGCUGGACAAAGCGCGGCCUCGCCGCCGCCGGCUUCGGCUACCCCACCAAGCCCUCCAGCGAGGGCUUCCACCGCUGGAAGCCGAUCUUCAGCGUCGCCGAGAUUGAAGGCAGCGCGUCGGCGGCCGCGCACGCCGAGAUGGUCAACAAUGCGCGCGAGCACCCGCGCACCAAGGACGUCGAAUCGGGGCUGAAGAACGACCCCGCCACGACGGAGACCGAGACGCACGGUAUCGAGACCUCGUCCGAGGAGAGCCGCGCUAUCUACGAGGACAAGCUGGCGCGCGAUCUGACAGACAGCAAGGCGUACCGCAGCCGUCGCAAGGUCGCAAUCCUGCAGGGCAUGAACAGGCCGUUCUUCCAUAUCGACUUGACCAGUGCGCUGCAGAGUGCGGUGGCGAACUCGUCGAACGAGAUCCCGCACGUUUAA